UGACAGGGACAGGGAUAAUAGACUGAAUAUGAUCUAAUGCUAUACUUAACUGCUGAGAGAGAGCGACAGUCAUGAGUGCAGCAGUUGCCUAUUUCCUUUCUAUCCUAAGGACAAUAUUCUGCAAUCAAUAAAAUCGACUAUCAAUUGUCAUUUAAUAGACCAUUACUUUAGGUUGGAGGCUGCUGUAACAAUUGGAGAAGAACUUACCUACAAUGCAAGUUACCCCUGGGAGAACAAUAGAGGUUAGCACGGCAGCUGUUUAAACUGCCCUCAGAAAUACACCGAACAACCGCAUCUAAACGGAUCCCUUCUUUUUGACUCGCAUAGUUGGACCAUGGCGACGAUCACUAAACAGGACUCAAACGCCCAAGCAAGGGUUUAUUUCAAAACCCCUCCCGGUACCGAAGAUUCUGAAGUAGUGCAAAAGCAAGGGCGGGUUACCGUCAAAUACGACAGAAAAGAACUGAGAAAGAGACUCAAUUUGGAAGAGUGGAUAAUUGAUCAGUUAACGGAUUUAUACGACUGUGAGGAGGAGGAGAUUCCUGAGCUGGAGAUAGAUGUGGAUGAGCUGUUGGACAUGCCCACAGAUGGAGACAGGGCCUUGAGGGUGAAGGGUUUGUUGGUCGGCUGUUUCAAACCUUCAGAUGACUUUAUCACGGCACUUCUGGAGAAGGUCAAAGGUCUUCAGAAACUCAACACUCCCCCCAAAAAGAGUGAAAAAACCCCUCCAUAACCUCGUAAGAACUUCUGCUUCCUUAAAAACAACUCAGUUCAACACAGGGAUGACCAGCUACUCCCAGAAUUUCUCAGUCAGCAACAUUGGGAAGAGGACCAACCAAUCAAAUCUCUAGUGCAGGGAUUACUUAGUCUCUUUCUUUGUUAUGUCUUGUCUAUUUAUAAACAUACAUACACAGGUGUCAGUGAUCAAUGUUUUAUUAUCAAUAGCAUAAGUUAGCAUUGUAUUAAUAAACCAAUGAGUUGACAUUGAGAAGAAGAGAAUGUUUACUUGAGCUAUGAAUCAAUAAUUAUUUAUAAGCAUGAUACUUGCUUUAGCGUGUAAUAGCUCACGGCUCAUAGCGAGCGAUGACAGAACCCCCAAUUAAAUCUCAGUAAGUGGCGAAUUGUCCUAAAACUAUACAUUCUUAUAACAUUAAGAUUCUUAUAUAAUUCGCUUUCAAGUCAAAAAGUGACAGACAUUAGUAUUGUGGCAUUAUAACUAUGAGAGUCGUAGUUCAAGUACAUUUCUGUCAUUGUUGACUAAGGAUGCUAUACGUGAAAUAAGGUAGUUAACGCUGUGAAAGUCCUGUAUUACGACUUCACGAUAGUACUGUAGGUAAAGAAUAGGCUGUUACUAAAGUCAUCAUCUUUUCAAACUUCUAUUCUGAAAUAGGAAGUGUGUUUUCUAUGUUGGAGAAGAAUGUGUUGGCCUGUUGAACACAGGCAAACAUACUAAAAACACGUUUUAACUUUUUGAAAUGAACUGUGAUUACUGUAGCAUACUGUCAACCCCAUAGAGUUGUUGCAAACCCUAUAUACUAUAAUCCUGAUAGUGUGUACCGUGCCUGGAACUGUAAGGAGGUCAGGUCUGUAGACCCCUGUUGACCCCCAAGUCAGGUCUGUUGAGUCAUUGGGAGUCAGGUGGCUGAGCGGUUAGGGAAGCGGGCUAGUAAUCAGAAGGUUGCCAGUUCGAUUCCCGGCCAUGCCAAAUGACCUUGUGUCCUUGGGCAAGGCACUUCACCCUACUUGCCUCGGGGAGAAUGUCCCUGUACUUACUGUAAGCCGCUCUGGAUAAGAGUGUCUGCUAAAUGACUAAAUGUUGACCUGACCUGGGGGAGUUUAGGCCUUUUUUUACAUAGCUUUUUAUUUGUUUCUUAAACUAAAUAGAAAAAUAUGCUUGCUUUUGAUAAAAGUACUGCAGAAUGGACCUGAUAGACCUGAGGGCAUAUUUGAUGAUUGUAUUGACUAGCCUACUUUUUUUUUAUCUAACAGUGUGUGUGUGUGCGUGUGAUAUUAGAUAGUGGGUUGUGUGUCCGUUUAAAACACACAUUUUAAUGAUCAAGCUGUCUCCCUCACCUGCCAUUUGACUGUUUCCUGCAUCAUGAAAUACAUAUAUACACAUUAGACUGUGACCUAAUAACCACUGUUGGGCUAACAUUUAGGUGUGCUGUUCAGUAAUAUGUUGUCCUAUGGAAAUGGCUAAGCCUACAGGUAAACAGCCAUAACUGUGUGUUUUCUUUUUUAAAUACCGCACCAUCGUUGCAGCUUCAUUUACAAAAUCAGAACGGAACAUUGGACGAACCUCCAACUGUCUCUGCAGCCAAGGCACAUAGCUACAGUUGUUCAUUGCUGAAAUUUCUGUCAACAGUUAAGGGCACAUCUUGGUUGCUGAAAGCUUGUCAGAUUGUGGCUUAGGUAGUCAGAUGUUAUUCUAGUAUGUAUCGAUGGCUGGGCAUGAAGGUCAACAGGGUGACUUAACUUUAGUGCUGCUGGUAUGAUGGUCAAGCUGCAUGUGAGUGGUCAAGAUGUGAUUACAACAACUGUAGUGAUGUAAUGUAGCAAUACUCAAUGGUGCUGUUUGCCAAUUUGUUACCUUUUUAUGACAACUCAAUAAAGUGUUUUACUUCUG